CACACCCAAGGUUAUCAUUUUUUCCCAAAUAGAAAUUUGAUUACUUUCUGGUUUAGAAAUGCUUAGUCUUUAAUAAGAAAAAGCAGCUACCUUACUGACGCCUGGGCCAGGGGAAGAGAACCAGUCUGAAAUCUACAAGCCUGAGUGUUAAAAGACAAGAAUUCCCAAGAAAACCAAGAACAUGGCUGAGGGGGAUAUUACAACUUUCAACCCAAUGACAGAGACAUUUAACCUUCCCAUGGGGAAUUACAAGAAGCCAAAGCUCCUUUACUGCAGCAAUGGAGGGUACUUUUUGCGUAUACUUCCAGACGGAGUGGUAGAUGGAACAAGGGACAGGGAUGACCUGAACAUUAGAUUACAACUUAGUUCAGAAAACAUUGGUGUGGUGUGUAUCAAGGACACUGGCUCUGGGAAUUACUUGGCUAUGGACUCCACUGGCCUUUUGUAUGGAUCGAUGACGCAGAAUGAGGAAUGCCUGUUUCUGGAGACUGUAGAAGAGAAUAGCUACAAUACAUACAAGUCAAAGAAAUAUGCUGAGCUCAAUUGGUUUGUCGGCAUUAAGAAGAAUGGGACAAGCAAGCGUGGAUCGCGGACUCAUUACGGCCAAAAAGCCAUCCUGUUCCUUCCCUUGCCAGUGUCUAGUGACUAGAUACCUCUCAGUGACUAUGGUUACUUGCUAUAUGUGGUAUUGCUGUAAAUAAUUGCAUAGUGUUCAAAGACCAAAGUAAGGUAUAGAAGAAGUGCUUAUAAACCCUAGUGUUAUACAAAAUGCAUAGAAGUCCAGGAGGCAGAACUUACAUUCUAAUUGUAUUCCAGGAAAGUGAUUCUUGAUGAAGGGGUCAAUUUUGAGCAAUUAACAAUGACAGAUAUCAGUGAAGGACAAGGGCCCAGAUUUACUAAUCCUAUCAAUGGAGUAAACCAAAGGUUAUUUUACAUGGAUGGAUAGGCAAUUAUCAGGAAUAAAGUAAACAUUCCUGAUCAUUGCCUGAUCAUCAGCAGAGAUGAGCGCUAGGUUUCUAUUCAGCAAUUACCUCCGCUGUAUGGUGACAAGUGAUGAAUAUAGCGAUUGCUUCCCCCACAGAGAAUCAUUGAUCACUGUUUAGACAGCACAGAAACAAUGAUUUUUGGGGAUGGCAGAUCAACAGGAGCACCAGAUGAACAAGUGUUUUCUUGUUCUUUGAGAGAUCACUGGCACUUUUUACACAGGUAAAUUACCGGGAACAAACAUUUCUAUAAACGCUCAUUCCCGAUAAUGAGACUGAUUAAUAGUCCAUGUAAAA